UCCUCUACCGGGCUCCGGACAGCCCUCACCUCUCCACACUCGGUCUGGUUCUUCCCUUCUUGCCCCACACGCCGGUCCUCUCGCUCUGUCUACACCUCGCGCGCAGGACGCAGAACAGAGGAGUCGUAUCCCGGUUGCAUCCCUUGCACGCGUUCUGACUUCCCAGCCUACAUUGCCGAUACCCUCUCUGGAUUAAACUAUUUUAACCCCACGGAUGCUUGCUGCAUUGUCCCCGAGCCCACCAUCAAUGUCUUCUGCAGCUCCUCUCGACGCCUUUGGCGACGAACUUGCCACUGGAUCAGCCCUCUUGACGGAGAAUCGCAUCUGCCCAGGAUGCAACAAGUCUGUUGUUGAUGAGAACGGUGGUAUGGUGGUGGUGGCGUUUGGUCAAUCAUUCUUCCACGUUGACUGCUUCAAGUGCGCGAAAUGUGGGAACCAGGUCACUGCGGAUACCAACCUGCUCCUACUCUCGGAUGGCUCUCCAAUCUGUGCUAAUUGCUCCUAUUGCUGCAAUGUUUGCAAACAGCCAAUCCUCGACGAGGCCAUAAUGACCGGCGACGACUCGUACCAUGCCCACUGUUUCAAGUGCAAGGUUUGUAAAAACCGCAUCGACGAGCUCGUGUUUGCCAAGACUAGCCAAGGCAUAUACUGCAUGGACUGCCACAAUCAGCGUGUAGCGCGGAGUAGGCGGCACGCACAACGCCAGCGGGAGAAGGAGAAGGAGCGCGAACGCGAGCGGGAGAAAGCUGCCGUUGCGCUUAUGGGUCCUGCCGCAGUCGGGAGUGGGUCAGGAGGUAUAAACAGGUCUACAGAGGAUGCUUUGAGAGCGCAAGACUCUAUCAAACAGAACAAUUCGCCAUCGUCUGCACAGACCCAGUCAUCCGGGCAGCAAUCAGCAACGGGGCCGUCAUCCACGUCUCCUGGUCAGAUUUCAUCUGCCCGUACAUCUGCCGAUGGCUCGUCUGCGAACGGCCAGCCGGACCAUCGUUCAUCAACCUCUUCCACCCCAGCCAAACAAACGACUUCGCCCGUGCCUUUCAUAACCACGACACUUACGUCUCCAGCGCCUCUAUCCAUCAAUAAGCGGCCGUCAACCGCGCCCUCCGCUGAUGCGCCAUCAGCGUCAACGGACGCCUCUCGCAUCGCCUCCUCUAGACUGGGUUCGCUGGCGGUUCCAAACGGCUCUGACACUGCCGAGAAGGCGCUGCAUACCAGGAAAAGCUUCGACGGUGGUGUGCGUUCGCUCGCUCCCCAGAUUAGGCCAAGUCCAAGUGCCUACUCCCUCAACGCUACCGGCGACAGCAACGGGCUCAACGUCACUCAUGGAGAGACCUCGCGCAAAGACAAGCGCAAGUCUAUCAAUCCAUCUGUCACUCAGACGUUCAGCUCGACGGCGCAAGACCUUAGCUCAUUCCUUUCCUUGACGAGCCCGGUACGUGACUCACCUCAUUCUGUCUCUCCUCUGAGAGACCACUUCAGUGCCGGCAAGACGGCGUCACCUCAGGGCAUGUAUCCUUCGCGACCCUCCGGACCCUCGUCUCCCCGCGGCUCGUUGGAUGAUGGAGCAUCCCCUACGGGUCGUGCGCGAGCAGGGUCAUCCAACGCAUAUAUCUUCAAGCUUCCCCGAAUGCACGAACAAAUUCCAUCCCGACCGGGCUCCGCUAUGGGUCUGCCGUCGCGUCCAAAUAGUCGUGCUGACCACCAUCACCGUCUGGGUCCCUACAGCUCUGCCUCGGAGUCCGCACACGACACCCCUUAUCACGACGCCGGACGACGUGGACCUGAGGGAAAGCGUCCGCCCAGCCUCAAUCUCCUUGCUGGGAACAAUGCUCGCGCACAGAAGGCUCUAGAUGACCGGUCCCGAGCAAGUCCGACGCCCUCACUCCGCGCGACCCGGGACCAUCGCUCGUCAUCAGGUACAGCCGAACUCGACUUGCCGCCUCGCCCGAACAGCGUUCCGACGCCCACCUCGCCGUCGCACCAUGUGGAUGUUCCGCACAGCAUUGAAAGCGGGACAGACACGGAGAACGAGUCGGAGGAGAUGAGGACGACGAAGAGGCAGGACGCGCCGCCCGCGCUGCCGCCUAAAGAGGCUUUCUCUGUCAGAAAUGGACGUUCGAGUUAUGAGGAUGGCGCAACGGAGUCGUCUGAGUCAUCGCCUGUAGAACGGACAUCUCAUGCGACGUUCAUCGCACCUGCGCUCCCGCCGAUACGUAUAUCGAUGGGCGGCACGGACUUCUCGGAACUGCUGAGGUCAGUGGGUGGAAGCAUAACGAAGUUGGAGCAGCUCGCGGAGACGACUGAAGGAGGAGGACGGAAGCUCGACCUUGCGAUGACAACUCAGGUCGCGGCUACAUCGACUAACACCGAAACCGCUCAGCCAUCGACUCCCAGGAGCGAUGUUACUGUCAUGGAGUCCGCAGAGAUGCAGUCUAAUGGGGCCGCUUUGAGGCGCAUGGAAGCGUCACUUCCGCAGGGUCUUGUCAGAGGAAUCGGCGGUACCAUGGCUUCUUCGAUUUCAAAUAUCUCCUCGCUAAACAGCGAAGUUCUGUCGAAGUUUCCCGAUGUUCCUUCAUCUCUAAAACCAGGUGUCGAAGAUGAGGCAAAAGCUUAUCUGAAGGCGUCUAAAGACGAUGAGAAUGCUCGUGGAUUAGCUGCGAAUAUCAUGAUUACUUCUGCUGACGACACAGCGCCCGAGUCAUCCAGCGCAGAAGCCUUCGCCAUCGUGAUACGGCAACUGCAGGACAGUUUGUCAGCUGCCUCAGAACGCGGAGCGACGCAAGUCAGCCUGGGGGUGGAUCUGGCUCAGAAUCUUCUUCGACUUCUCACUCAGCAGAAGGAGGAAUACGAGGAGCUUAAGCGGAAGUUGGACGGCAUAAGGCGGACAAGUCAGAACUAUAUGGAUGGUCUCACUGUGGCUCAGGCAGAGUAUGAUAGAGAGCUGAAGGCUCGUAGGGAUGCUGAGGCAGAAGUCACGCGGCUCCGAGUGUUGCUAUCAGGGCAAACAGUGCGGCUUUCAGUCAUUUCAGGAGAAUCGAAGCGUCAGGAAGCACAGAAGCAGCUGUCACAGGAGUUGAGCAACAACCUCUCCAGUCUUGGAAGAUCGGUUUCUAUUUUGAAAGUCGAACGCGACAUGACACUGGCUGAGAUGGAACAACUAUCUGCGUCAAAGAGGUCAAGUACUCCCGUAGGUGGCGAAGAAGGCGUCGCUUCCUUGACUAGGGCCUUGUCCACGCGAUUCGACAACAUCAAGAACCAAUACCAGAACGAACUCGUUCCGUUGACGGAGCAGCGCGAGGCGUUGAUGCGCGAAGUCACCGAGCUCAAGGCUUCUCGCGACGCAUUCUUGGAAGAGACCACAGCUCUCAACGCAAGGAAUGAGGAGUUGGCGCAGUUAAAUGCGCAGUAUAUUCGGCGUUUGGAGACAGCCGGGCUCGAUCCCACUAUUGUUAAGCAUGGACAAGACAUUGACGCCCGCGACAAAUUUGACAAUGCAGAUGAUCGAGCCCGACAUGAGCAGAGCCCCUCUCUUUCCGCGACUUCCUCGACUGUCGCAUUGACAGAAGAGUCCGAGUCAAGGUUCAUCAAGGUGUCGAGACCGGAGGCUGUCGAGGCUCCCGGUGCCUUCAGGCCGCCGAAGUUCAUCAAGUGGCCGGGCCACAAGGCGCCAAAGGAGGCUGUUGCGAUAAGCUGGCCUGAAGCAGCGAAGCCUCCGACCCGUAAGGAGCACGUUUUCCAACAAAUCAGUGUCCUGCGCGUCGCACGAUGUGACCAUUGCGGAGACAAGAUGUGGGGUUCGCAAUCACGCUGUUUAAAUUGCAACAUUGCAGUGCAUACGCGUUGUCUUCAUCAUGUUCAUCUGCCAUGCUCGCAACAGACAAUGCAUAGCCGCGAAGACAGCUCCACACCGGGUCUUGCGCACUUUCCUCCUUCGAUGUUCGGACGUGACCUUACUGAGCAGGUGCGGUACGAAUCCCGCGACGAACCGCGACUCAUUCCGAUCAUCGUCGAGAAAUGCAUUGAGGCAGUGGAGGCGCUAGCGAUGGACCUUGAGGGCAUUUACCGCAAGACUGGUGGUUCCGGCCAGUCCAAGAUGAUCACACAGCUCUUCGAACGAGGGGACUACCACGGCUUUGACCUGCGCGACACCGAUCGCUUUAAUGACAUAUGCAGUGUUACUUCCGUGCUAAAGUCGUACUUCCGAGCCCUCCCGGAUCCACUAUUCACAAUUGCUCUGCACUCAAACUUUAUGUCAGCCGCGGCCAUCCGCGAUCCUGCUGCGAGAACGAAGGCAUUCACGGAGAUCGUUGCCGAGCUUCCGAAGGAACAUUACUAUACAGCUCGUGCCUUGAUCCUCCACCUGCACAGGGUCAGCAAGCGAAGCGAUCAGAACUUGAUGCAUGCUCAAAAUCUCGGCGUCGUUUUCGGACCAACUCUCAUGCGCUCUCAGGACUCGCUAGCUGAUCUCGGGACCAUGGGCGGUUCCGCCACCUCCGUGCAAUGGCUCGUAGAAAAUGCGCAUACCAUCUUCGAGCAGCCCCCCUCGUUCGACCAAUGAGCUCACGAUCACGAUUUCCCGGCAGGCCAUGUUGUGUACGGCGGACGCCUUCUGUACAGCACGUUCUUUCACUCUUUUUCUCUAUUUCCAGAUUCCCCGGGUACUAUCGUUUCUCCGUUCUUUCGUUUCUGCCAGCUAAACCACCUCUUCUGGCUCCUUACUCCUCGCCCCACCCCAUCCUACUCAUGCAUUAUCGCAUCGCCCACACACACAUAUACCCGCCGAUUUAUGAAUAUGUAUUUACGUCGCAAGGGCUACACUACUAUACGGAUGGGAUAGUCUCAUGCCGCCGG